GACCUGUGGAGGGACGGAGGAAGGAGGGCGGCAGUGGUGCGGGGACUCAGCCCUUUGUGGUGGGGCCCGCUACCGCGGCAUCUUUCAAACCCAAAGCGCUUCCGCCGCGAGCGGGUGAGGGGCGCGGGCGCCUGGCGGUGCCCUUCGCACGGGCCUCAGCGCGGCCCCGGUGGAGAGGAGUGUUUCUGGCCGCGGCUUUGCGGCGCUUCGGCUUCCAGUUGUUUCACUUAACGUCUCGGGAAGCGUUGGCGAUUUGCUAGGCCGAAGGAGAGCAAUCCAGUUAUUCCAGAUGAUCCCCUGGACAAAGGAUGUUGCCACAAAAUCUACCUAGCUUAUUUUUCUCCUUCACUCAUGAGCUGCACAGUUGCAAGUUUGAGCAAGAUAUCUACAGACUGUGUUGAAAAAUUAACACAGGAUGACCUAGGAGUGAUUCUAAGCCUAUAACAAGAUAUAAUACUCAUUAGUGAAUUCAUCACUCUUCGUUUUGAAUGCUUCAGAUAACAGCAAGUAGACUUUCUCCUUUAUUUCUGAAGUAUUCACUUGGCCUUCCAUCAGUAACACUGACUUUUAUCAUCGGUUCUGGGAGAGUUUAAUGGAAUACAGUCAUGUCCACUCAAGACGAAAGGCAGAUCAAUACUGAAUAUGCUGUGUCCUUGUUGGAACAGUUGAAAUUGUUUUAUGAACAGCAGUUGUUUACUGACAUAGUAUUAAUUGUUGAGGGCACCGAGUUCCCUUGUCAUAAGAUGGUUCUUGCAACAUGUAGCUCUUAUUUCAGGGCCAUGUUCAUGAGUGGACUAAGUGAAAGCAAACAGACACACAUACACCUGAGGAAUGUGGAUGCUGCCACCUUACAAAUAAUAAUAACUUAUGCAUACACGGGUAACUUGGCAAUAAAUGACAGCACUGUAGAACAGCUUUAUGAAACAGCUUGCUUCCUACAGGUUGAAGAUGUCUUACAACGUUGUCGAGAAUAUUUAAUCAAAAAAAUAAAUGCAGAGAAUUGUGUGCGAUUGUUGAGUUUUGCUGAUCUCUUCAGUUGUGAGGAAUUAAAACAAAGUGCUAAAAGAAUGGUGGAGCACAAGUUCACUGCUGUGUAUCACCAGGAAGCAUUCAUGCAGCUGUCACAUGACCUACUGAUAGACAUUCUCAGUAGUGACAAUUUAAAUGUAGAAAAGGAAGAAACAGUUCGAGAAGCUGCUAUGCUAUGGUUGGAAUAUAACACAGAAUCACGAUCCCAGUAUUUGUCUUCAGUUCUUAGCCAAAUCAGAAUUGAUGCACUUUCAGAAGUAACACAGAGAGCUUGGUUUCAAGGUCUGCCACCCAAUGAUAAGUCUGUGGUUGUUCAAGGUCUGUAUAAGUCCAUGCCCAAGUUUUUCAAACCAAGACUUGGAAUGACUAAAGAAGAGAUGAUGAUUUUCAUUGAAGCAUCUUCAGAAAAUCCUUGUAGUCUUUACUCUUCUGUUUGUUACAGCCCCCAGGCAGAAAAAGUUUACAAGUUGUGCAGCCCACCAGCUGACUUACAUAAAGUUGGGACUGUUGUAACUCCUGAUAAUGACAUCUACAUAGCAGGGGGCCAAGUUCCUCUGAAAAACACAAAAACAAAUCACAGUAAAACAAGCAAACUUCAGACGGCCUUCAGAACCGUGAAUUGCUUUUAUUGGUUUGAUGCUCAACAAAAUGCAUGGUUUCCAAAGACCCCGAUGCUUUUUGUCCGCAUAAAGCCAUCUUUGGUUUGCUGUGAAGGCUAUAUCUAUGCAAUUGGAGGAGAUAGUGUAGGUGGAGAGCUUAAUCGGAGGACUGUAGAAAGAUAUGAUACUGAGAAGGAUGAGUGGACAAUGGUAAGCCCUUUACCUUGUGCAUGGCAGUGGAGUGCAGCAGUUGUGGUUCAUGACUGCAUUUAUGUGAUGACACUGAAUCUUAUGUACUGUUAUUUUCCAAGAUCCGAUUCAUGGGUAGAAAUGGCCAUGAGGCAAACUAGCAGGUCCUUUGCUUCAGCUGCAGCUUUUGGUGAUAAAAUUUUUUAUAUCGGAGGGUUGCAUAUUGCUACCAAUUCUGGCAUAAGACUCCCUUCUGGCACUGUAGAUGGCUCGUCAGUAACUGUAGAAAUUUAUGAUGUGAAUAAAAAUGAGUGGAAAAUGGCAGCCAACAUCCCUGCUAAGAGGUACUCUGACCCAUGUGUUAGAGCUGUUGUGAUCUCAAAUUCUCUGUGUGUAUUCAUGCGAGAAACCCACUUAAAUGAGCGAGCUAAAUAUGUCACUUACCAAUAUGAUCUGGAACUCGACCGGUGGUCUCUGCGGCAGCAUAUAUCAGAGCGUGUACUAUGGGACUUGGGGAGAGAUUUUCGAUGCACUGUGGGCAAACUUUAUCCAUCUUGCCUUGAAGAAUCUCCAUGGAAACCACCAACUUACCUUUUUUCACCAGAUGGGACAGAAGAGUUUGAACUGGAUGGAGAAAUGGUUGCACUACCACCUGUAUAGUUGGGGAGUUCUGGGAAUGCAUGCCAGAUUUAUGUGCGUUGUCAUUUUUUUGCUAAGGAAGAGAGGCUAUGAAAGGACUAAAAAUGAAUACAUAAAAAUUUAUCUUUGAUAAAUUUUAUUUUUAUGCCCUACUUAAUAUUUGCAUCACUAUAAUAUAUAUAUCAGUGAGUCUUACAGAAAGAUUUGCUUCCAUAAUAUGAAAUAGAUUAUUCAAUAAUUGAGAAACUUUUAUGUAUCAUGAAAGCAUAAGAAUCUGGAUUAUCUAACAUUGUUAGCCCUGUGUAUGUACAGCUCAAAAACUUCACUUAUAAAAAUAGUUUUCUGUUUCUAGUGUGAUAUAUUAUAAAUUGUGCUGAAGUUAUUUUAGUAUAUGUAUCUAAUUCCCGUGCUUCUGCUCUGAAGCCCUGGAAUACAUUUUUUUUUCAGUGUAAUCAAUUCAACUGCACUUAACACUAAUGUCUAUGUUGGUAUAGAAUUGUUGUCUAAAUCCUAUACUAUAAUUAAGAUCUUCCAUAAUUUUAUGGUAUUACACAGGGAAAGCUAUGACUGCAGGAUCAGUCUAUACUAUUAGGUGCAUGUAUUUUCUUUUCACUAACUUAUACUUGUCUGUCUAGAAUACAGGUUGUCCGAUCAGCUGGUCACUUACCAGGGGUGGACUUAACGUUGCUGGGCUUGCAGUAAGAAUUGCUAGCCCCUCAUUGUGCGGGUCUGUGUGGAGCUUUAAUCAUUAAAGACCUCCACUUUGUGUAUUACAUUAA